AUUUAAAUUAAAGUUAACGUCAUUUUUUAAAUUUGUAUUUGCUUUACAUAAAUUUACAUUGAAAUGUUAAAGUAACGAUUAAAACUAUUGUGAAUUGUUAAAAUCCAUUUUCCAAUUUCGAAUGAAAAAAAAAUUGAACUUAGUUUUCCUCAAUAUUGUACAAGAAUAAGAAAAGCCACUCGUCAGGAAAACGCCCAACGUUCUGCCGAAGAUCAGAAAUUAUAGAGCUUGCGGAAAACAGGGAAGCUGGCUUAAUCUAACUUAAUCUGCUCUUACCUACAGUCCACUCUAAUCCUUACCUAAGCUGGAACUCUAACCCCUAAUUAAGCCAAGUCUACAUGGUCCAAUCGAACCAUCAAGUCAUUAACAUCAUUCCGUAAAGGUUAACAUCGAUCUUACAGCAAAAGAUAAAUAAAUCAUUAACAUCGCUGGAAAUUAAAGCUUCACAACAAAAAAUGAGGUAAAGUAAAGUUCUCACUUUUACUUUUAUAUACUAUACAUUUAGUUUGAAAAGGGCAAGCAAAGACAUACAGUCAAGUGUCAGUAAAUCAAUCAAAGUGUAAAGUAAACGUGUAAAAGAGAAAAACAAAAGCAUAUAAAAAGUAAAAAAAUCAUCAGAAUCAGUAAAGAAUAGUGAAAACCCAUUUAGAGUUAUCUAAAAUUAAAAACAACAAUAAUAUUCAUAGUUCGGGAUAAUAAUCAAAUUACUCUAAAAGUUCCGUAAAGGAAGCCUUAAAAAAUUAUCAAAAAUUACGUAAAAAAUUAUCAAAAAUUUCGUAAAAAAAAUUCUAAAAUUCCGCAAAAAAUAUAUAAAUUUCCGUUAAAAACAGCCUAAAAAAUAACCUAAAAUAGAAUAAAAUCCGAGAAAAUAGCCUUAAAUUAUCAUGAAAAAUAACCUAAAAGCUAAAAAUUUGUGUGUCUCAAAAGAAUAUACAUAUAUUAGAAAAAAAAGAAUUUGUAAUAUAAAAGCCGUAAGAAAAAAAUUGUGGAAAAAAUACUUAAAGACUCCUGUUAAAAUCAUAGCAACAACAACAUUGGUAUUUGCUAGAACAAUAUCAUCAAACGUUGCCAAAUUUCAAGUUUAAAUUUCAUAAUUCUAAAAUUUUUACAGUCAAAAUUACCGUUAUUUUUUUGCUAUACAGCUUGUUUUCUCUGUCUCGGUAUUUUUUUAACAAGUGCUUAUGUACUAAAAUAAAGGAAGACGAUAAGAAGAAAAGAGAUCUAAUACAUAUAUUUGCAUGUACCUAUACGUGAUAAAGGAAAAGAGAAACAAAACGAAACAAGCAAAGAGAAAAGUUUUUAUAGUGGUGAAUCUCCUUGUAAAGUAUGUAAUGAGGACCAUAAUUUAAGAAUGUGUCGAAAAUUUAAAACAGUUUGUAACAGCCAACAAAAUAUGUAAUAAUUGUGUCUCUCCGAAUCAUUUAAAGUCUAAAUGUCCAAGUAAGAACACUUGUUUUAUUUGCAAAAUGAAUCAUCACACUUCGCUUCAUAUAAUAAAACCUAACAUUUUUCGAAAUCAGUCUAAUACAUCUAACCCAUCUGACUUUGAUCAAACAAUUUCGAGUCAAAGCAAAAAUAAUUCUAAUGAAGCUACUUAUGUUCCAGUAGAACUACCCACUUACUCUAAACAAGUCCAAAAUCCACGGGUUCAAGCUAAUGUCUCAGUAAAUACUGAACAUAUUCUCCUUAGAACAGCGAUAGUUCACAUUGAACAUUUGGGAAAAUUGUUCACAGUAAAAGCCCUAAUUGAUACUGGUUCUCAAAAAACAUUCUUAUCGGAACGUAUCAGACAAAGACUACAACUUCCAACCCAAAAAACUCAAGUCGAUGUUGUCGGUAUUGGUGGUCAAAUACAAACAGCAACAAAAGAAUGCGAUAUUAUUCUGGUCGCCAAGAAAUUAAAUAUAAAAUUUUCCAUUAAUGCCAUUAUUUUGCCAAAAGUUACACAGCAUAUUCCUUCAAGAUCUUUUGAAGUUUCAUGGUCAGAUUUCGAAGGUAUCGAACUAGCAGACCCCACAUUAACCAAUGCUCUCAAAUUGACCUUAUCCUUGGUAACGAUUCAGAACGAUAUAUAAACAUCGAUGGCAUAAAGAAGAAUGUUUGUGACCCAACCAAUACAAUAUUUGGUUGGGUCCUUAGUGGUCCCAUUAUUGGCAAUCCUAUACACUCGUUAACAACCACCAUAGUUCCUUCUGAAACUUCCAUUCUAAACGAUCUUCUGCGAAAAUUCCGGGAACAGGAAGAGUUGCCAUCUCCUAAACACUUGUCUAAAGAAGAUCAGUAUUGCGAACAAUUCUAUAAAGAAACCACAAUCCGCCAAGCUGAUGGAAGAUAUGUGGAGCGAUUACCCUUUAAAAAAGAAUUCCCUAAUUUUAUUUUUCUUGGUGCAUCCAGAAUAUUGGCUCUUGGCCAAUAUUCGCGCAUAAAACAAUCUCUAGCCAAAAGUCCUAACCUCCAAGCUCAAUAUAAUGCUGUUUUAGAAGAAUAUUUAUCACUUCAACAUAUGGAAAAAAGUUCGUUCCGUGAAAUCUCCUCUGAUAAUAAAUAUUUCUCAUUCUAUUUACCACAUCAUGCGGUCGUUCGCCCUGAACACAAAACCACCAAAGUUUGGGUAGUUUUCAAUGCGUCCAGAAUAACAAAAUCAGGAUAUUCUUUAAAUGACGUGUUAUACACCGGUCAAACUUUGCAACAAGACCUCAUGAAUGUGAUUCUUAACUGGCGAAAAUAUCGUUAUGUUUUCAGAGGCGAUAUACAGAAAAUGUAUCGUCAGAUUUUAGUACACCUUGAGGACAGACCUUUUCAACGUAUUUUGUUUCAAAAAGAACACAAUGCCCCUUUUAUCGAUUAUAAACUUAAAACAGUAACUCUGAAAAACAAUUUCCUAAAGCAGCCCUUAUUUUACGCAAUGAAACUUACGUUGACGAUAUAUUAUCUGGUGGUCAUUCAAUAGAAGAUGUAUUAAAAGCUCAAUCAGAACUAGUUCAAAUGUUAAAUUCUGCUGGAUUUCCGUUAAAGAAAAUCACGGCAAACGAUUCUUAAAUACUCUCUAAUAUCCCUCCCGAGGAUUUGUAUGAUUCAGAUUUUUUUCGCUUUCACGAAGCAAGCACUGCCAAAACAUUAGGAAUAAAGUGAAAUGCUCUUAGCGACACUUUUUCCUACUUAUUCAAUCUGAUUCCUCAAUCCUCUAAUAUCACAAAACGAUUUAUACUAUCUGCAGUUGCCAAAUUAUUUGAUCCUGCAGGUUGGAUAAAUCCUAUAGUUAUCAGAGCAAAAAUGCUUAUGCAGCAGCUCUGGCUAGAAGGUCUAGGUUGGGAUCAAAAUGUCGGACCUGAAUCCCUUGAAACCUGGAACAAUCUCUUAUGCGAUCUUCCUCACAUAGAAAAUAUUGAAAUCCCAAUAUGGAUCCAAUAUACACCAUCUGACAUCAUACAAGUUCAUGGUUUUUCUGAUGCUUCUAAGCAUGCAUAUUGCGCCACAGUAUACAUAAGAUGCCAAACUCAAAAAAUAUCUCUUACUCAAAUCUGUUGGUUGCAAAAAGCAAAGUACUUAGCGCCACUACAGACCGUUUGUUUACCUCGUCUCGAGCUUAACGGUGCUGUUUUAUUGGCAAACCUGGUAAUAAUUUUCUCAAUCUCAAAAAAUAUGAAAUCAUAUUAUGGACAGAUUCGACAAUUGUUCUAAAUUGGUUGUCUAAACCUCCAGAGACUUGGGAAAAAUACGAAGCAAACAGCAUAUCUCAGAUUCAUAUAUUAACACCAAAAGUAACAUGGCGACAUGUUCCUACUCAUGAUAAUCCAGCCGAUAUGGGUACACGAGGCUGUAGACCUCAGGAUUUAGUAAACAACUCCUUAUUGUGGCACGGACCAUCGUGGCUUACUAAUCCCCCUUCAACGUGGCCAGCUAAAGUAGAUAUACAACCUUUACAGCACUCGUUGGCAACAUUCACUAAUCCUAUUCGUAACAAUGAUAUCUUAGAAAACUUUUCCUCAUACCAUCGAGCGUUGCGAUUUUUAUGUUACGUUUUUCGUUUUACGAAACGCAUAUCUAAUACAAGUUAUUCUACUGUUAAUCUGACCCAAACCGAAGUAAAUUCUAUAAAAAUUAAGCUCAUUAUUCUCGCUCAAAAAUCUUUUCAUGAAUCAGAUUAUUUAUGUUUGUUAAAUUCCCAACAAAUUCCAAAUAAAAGUCAUCUGAAAACACUAAAUCCCUUUCUAGAUUCCAAUAUCAAAUCAAGAGAGUUAAUGGCAGAUUAUCAGAAUCAUCACUUCCCUAUAACGAACGUUACCCAAUAAUCUUACCUGGCAACUCACGGUUCUGCCAUUUAUAUUUAACUUAUUUACACAUAACCCUGGCUCAGAAUGCAACCAAAUGUGUAGAAUAACUCAAACUGAAUUUUACAUUACUCGUUUAAAAUCUAGAGUUAAAAAAGUUAUUCGUCAUUGUAAGACGUGCGUUAUAUAUAAACAAAGAAGUUGUGCUCAAAUAAUGGCUCCAUUACCACCAGAUAGGUGUAACCUCUCAGGGCCAUUCCAAACUACCGGUAUUGAUUUUACCGGCCCGUUUGAUCUCAAAACUUCCACGAUACAAAAUUCGCCAUCUAUUAAAGGAUAUGUUUCUGUUUUCGUUUGCUUUAGUACCAAAGCAAUUCAUUAAGAAGCUUGUACCGAUUUAUCUACAGCAGCAUUCCGUAGGGCAUUCUCUCGCUUUAUUGAGAGGCGGGGGCUCCCUCACAGGAUACACUCGGACAAUGGUCGAAACUUUCUCGGUGCAAGUAGAGAAUUAAACAGAGAAUUCGCAUCCUUUAUAAAAUCUGCUUCAGAAGAUAUUUCCCAAAAAUAUAGUACUCAGGGUUUUGAAUGGAUUUUCAUUUCUCCACAUGCUCCACACAUAGGCGGCCUAUGGGAGGCUGCAGUCAAGAGCUUUAAGUUUCAUUUAAAGCGCAUUGCUGAAGCACAUAAGUUUAAUUUCGAGGAAUUCUCCACUAUUCUUGCAUACAUAGAAGGCAUAUUGAACUCUCGCCCCAUCUCUGCAAUAUCUGAAGAUCCAUCUGAUUUAGCAGCUCUGACACCAGGGCCAAUAAUGGCUUUUCCAGAACCAGUACUCGAGAAAAUAUCUAUUAUCAACAGAUGGGAAAAGCUAAAGGCUCUACACCAUCAAUUUUCUAUACGAUGGAAAGAGGACUAUUUAAAAGCUGUACACAAAAGAUACAAGUGGAGAAAUUGAGCCUCAAACUUCAAGACGGGUGAUCUUGUAGUAGUUAUUUAUGAUUUAUUGCCCCCCUCGGAUUGGCGGCUAAGUCAAAUAGUAAACACACAUACAGGUUCUGAUAACAAUGUGGGAGUGGCUGAAGUACGAAUUGCUACCGGUGUCAUAACACGACCGAUAGUCAAACUUUGCUACUUACCAUUACUCAAUGAAAAUGAUACUUAAUAAACUAACACACUAAUCUAAUUUCUCAUCCAACCAUUAGCUCAUACUCACAUUUACUUAACCCUUCUAAUAAAUUUUUUACUCUUCACUUUUUUGGUUUUUUUCCUUUUCCUUUCACUUAUCUAGGAGACAAAAUCAACGCCAAAGGGACCCCGCCUGGUUUGCAAACGAUAUCAUGCACUAAGAUUCUGUCGCCGUUUUCUAAACAUGACCAUCCAAGAGAGAGAGGAUCCGUAUGGUUCGUCCCUACAACUACUGUGGCAACUGCUUGGCCAGAAGCCAUAAUUUAAGAUCAUGUUCGUCCUUAGCCACGUGCCGCAAAUGUGACCAUCUUUAUCACACCCUUCUGCAUCCUGCUCGUGGAAGGCAGAAUGAUGCUCGUGGGCAAAUUAGUAGUCGGAAAACCCAAGCCUUGCGUUCCGACAAUAGGUCUAAUAAUACCAGACGAACUAAGAACAAACAACGUACAAUUCUUCUAAACACACCAGCUCUACCUAACCAACAAGUCAUUUCGGAAGCUAUCCGCUCCCUUGCACAAGUGCUUUGUGUCCAAUCAAACAACAAGGUUGCACAAGUGCAAGGGGCCGGUAUGUUUAAAAUUGUAUUUUAAACCAAAAUGUAUUUUCUGAUUUAAAUUAAAGUUAAUGUCAUUUUUUUAAUUUGUAUUUGCUUUACAUAAAUUUACAUUGAAAUGUUAAAGUAACGAUUAAAACUAUUGUGAAUUGUUAAAAUCAAUUUUCCAAUUUCGAAUGAAAAAAAAAUGAACUUAGUUUUCCUCAAUAUUGUACAAGAAUAAGAAAAGCCACUCGUCAGGAAAACGCCAAACGGUGAGAGUUUAUUAAUAACUCUGUAUAAUCUUGAACUGAAUUAACCCAAAUCUUUGUUUCACUUCUUUUAUAUCUAACCUCAAAUCUAAGUUCUGCCGAAGAUCAGAAAUUAUAGAGCUUGCGGAAAACAGGGAAGCUGGCUUAAUCUAACUUAAUCUGCUCUUACCUACUCUCUCUCCACUCUAAACCUUACCUAAACUGGAACUCUAACCCCUAAUUAAGCAAAGUCUACCCAGGAUUCCACAGGUAUAUAUAAGUUUGUCAUUCCGUUUGUAAUUUCUAUAAUAUAAUUUUCCGACCCUAUAAAGUAUAUAUAUUCUGGAUCCUUAUAAAUAGCGGAGUCGAUUAAGCCAUGUCCAUGGUAUAACAAGAACAAGGAGAUAAAGCAGUAAUAUGUUAGUAAUACAGCUCAUAUAUGUUUGAGGGUGGUAAGUUUGACGGUGGUUUUACACUACAACGGUUAAAAUUUCU